AUGAUAACUUUCUAUGAGAAGGAUGGUGGGAAGAUCCUCCUUGUCCUAGAAGAAGGGGAUCUUAUUGAAGCUGGCCAAUGGACAGGUAAAAGAAAUCAGCGUUUAACUGAGAUAAUACCAUAUUUUUCCAUUGAAACUUUUUCCCUUUCAAAUUCUCAUGUUUUUAAUGAUAAAGGGGGCAAAUGGUAUGUUGCAAAGCCAUCCACCGAUGAUGCGGCACUGGCGUCCAACAUCAACUAUGCCUGUGAUUAUAUUGGAUCCAAGGGAUUGAACUGCAGCCAGAUACAGCAGGAGGGAGCGUGCUUCGUCCCCGACACUCUCAUCAACCAUGCGUCCUACGCCAUGAAUGCUUACUACCAAGCCUAUGGUCGUCAACCACACCAGUCUUACUUCACCAACUCUGCUCUCAUCACAAUAUCCAAUCCCAGUAAACAGCUUGGAAACUGUCAGUAUGCAUGA